GGGUUACUGAUAAUGUUCACACAUUCAUCCACUUACUUAGCUUAAACUAAUUUUACUGUUUGUAUGAAAUUGUUAUGUUUUGACAUUUUGAUCUGAUUUUGUUUCAUAUGUAGAGUUGGGGACCCGUGACAGAUUCUUGAGACGGCUACAAGGCUUGUAUUAGGGGAUGAAUUUCGUAAAAGGUCUGUUUGACUCUGACAAAGAGUCAGAAUCGGGGUCAGCUCGAGCAAGUCGAAAGAAAAUGAAUGAAGAUUUCGAGAAAGCUGACAAGUAUAAUAACAGCAGGAAGAAGACCAAAUCGGGCGAUGCUGAUAUUGAUGGUGUCCCCCGACGUCCGAAAAGAUCUAAUAAAGUGGACCCCAUGGAGUGUGAACCUAGACCUAUCGAACAUAGCAUUCCCAUGGAGGAUAUGGAUUAUUCUGAAGAGAGAGCCACCAUGCCUCCCAGAUCGAAAUCUCGAGCAGUGAUGCUACCCAGUGGCUUGAUUAUCGGCUCAGACGACGAUUCUUCGAUUCAUACGUCCAGUCUUAGUUCCCACUCCUCUGAUAGUUUUCAUCCCAAAAACAAACUGGCCCACAUGAUCGGCUUGGAAGUGGAAGACGUUGACAAUGGCCUCACUGAAGACGAUAGAAAGACCAGUUCGAUCAAACGAAAAAUCAGAACUCUGGAUGGGGCGGGUAAGAGGAAAUCCUCUGCCAACCUCGGACGAAGUGUUUCCGCCCCAGCCCAAGGGAAGCUAUCCUUGGCGGAAAGAAGAACGUUACGUCGAGCAGAGAAAGUUGGUGUUGUGGAGAAGAAAUCGCUUCCUUUCUGUACACAAAUCGGUUAUGAAUUCACCAUGGGAGUACAAAAAAGUGUACGAAAAAUCCGGGAAUUUUUUAGAAACGCACAAAUUUGGGGUCGGUCUAUAAAAGAGGUAGAGGGAAAUCUGGGAUCGGGAGUAUCUACUUAUUUCAGAGUUCUAAGAUGGCUGCUGAAAAUUAACAUAAUAUCCAUGGUUAUUGCUCUUGGCUUUAUUGUGGCUCCUGGUAUUUGGAUGGCAGAACGUCAUACCCCAGAUACACCAACACUACUAAACAAAGAGGACCUUAAUUGUACCAAUCCCAACUUCGUUGAAGGUGAUGAUACUGCUGCUGAUAUUAGUAACGCCAUCCUCCAAUUUUUGACUGGUCAGGGGUGGAUGGAGGGAACUGCUCUUUAUCUUGGGUGGUAUCCCGCUAGCAAUAUUACUCGGACAAGUGGCACAGUUGAGAAAACUACCUACAACUUUCCUCUAGCGUAUCUUGUUGUGGGCUUAUUAUACUUCCUGGUGGCACUGAUCUUCAUCCUGAACAAUAUCGCCAGACUAUUCAAAAAGUCGGCUGCUGAAAAGAUCGAAACAAAAACGUACGCAGAGUUAGUGCUUGCAGGCUGGGACUUCACCAUCAACAACAAGAAAACAGCACAACUUAAAAGCGCAACUGUAGUCAAGUCACUAAAGGAAGCUCUCAGCAACGACGCGCAGAAGUUCAUGAAGCGCUCUUACAAAAAGGAAAUCGGGCUUAUUAUCCUGAGAAUUUGCACCAACGGAAUAUCUCUGGCAGCCAUGAUUGGGACCGUAUUUUUGUACUAUAGCGAGGUAGUACAGUACACAUCAGAAUCUGCUGCUAACUCUACCGAUAUGUGUGGAGAGAAAAUCGACAAAUCAACCUUCGAGGACAUACAGCUCGGUAACUUUUCAACUGAACAAUUGUCUGCGGAGGUUGCAAAAGUGUGGUCCUCCUACUCUGCGUCUAUCAUUGUGUCUCUUUCCAACAUUAUCUUCCCGAUCUUCUUUGAAAUUCUGGGAAAUUAUGAGUUCUACAAAUUUCAAAGUACGAGGAUUGCCAUAACCAUGGUCAGGUCGUUUAUCAUGAAGCUGUUCAAUGUGUGUGUCUUCCUUUACGUUCUUUAUCAGGCGACAAAAUACAGUGGAGAUAUAAAACAACCCUGGCAGACAGACAACAACACGUUACAAUACAACUGCUGGGAGAAUUACAUCGGAGCUCAACUUUACCAGCUGUGUAUUAUCGACUUCAUCGUGUUUUGUUCGAGUCUGCUCGUGUCGGAAGUACUGCGGAAUGUCCUGAUCAACAAUGUCAAGUGGAUUCGAGCCAGGGUGGAGCAGCCAGAGUUUAACAUUCCUAAGGAGAUACUGGAUCUGUGCUAUAAGCAAAUGAUAUUCUGGUCUGCUAUGUUCUUCUCGCCUCUAAUGUCUUGUGUUGCUGUUAUCGAGGUAAUUGUGAUAUUCUACCUGAAGAAAACAAGUGCAUUAUCGAAUGUGAGACCUCCACAAAAAGUAGUGCUAACCAGUCAAAGUAGCAGCAUGGUGAACGCGGUCUUCCUGGUCUCCCUCAUCUUCGUGUUUAUUUUCGUGGGACUUGUCAUCUUCCAGUUCAAGCCUAGCCAACAUUGUGGGCCAUUUAGAGGUAACGAAAGAAUCCACGAACCUCUGGGAUUCCUUAUUGAAAAUUCUGGAGGGUUCAAAACGUACAUCUACGAUAAUCUGAAGAUGACGGCAGUGACCAUUUCUAUCGUGAUCGUUGUUCUCCUUAUCAUAUACUACUUCAAGAGCCUUGCUGCAUCAAGGAACUUGACUAUACGACUACUGAGGGAUCAGAUCAAGACGGAGCAUGUUGAUAAACAAUUCCUCAUCGAACACAUAAAAAGUCAGAUCACAGGGAAACCCCUGCAAGCCAACAAGAAAGGACGGGAUGGUACGAUAAGCAGAAUUUCUCAAAACAGCAACGGGGACUUGGGAAAUAAAAAGAAGAACAUGACCAUUCACAGAUAUGCUAACCCUACAAUGAAAGUAUCAUAGUCAGAGAUUAAGGAACUGUAAACUUAAAGCUCGGUGAUUUUGGCUAACCUUUAUUUUGAUGACGAUUUCCGUUAAUAAAUAAACUGGAAACAUUUAAUAACAAUUUUAGUAUCUGGCGUGUUUAUUUUCUUUCUGGAUGAAAAUAUUUAUGCAAUACACAAAUUCUAUAAUUUGAUUUAUCAGAAUUUUGAUAACUUUGAUAAUAUUAAUACAGUGUUUCG